UGUUCGAAGAAAAGAUUUUCCAAACAUUUUGAGGUUCAAGUGGAAUCUUCUAUUGUGUGGAAUCGUAGUAUUCAUAGAUGUCUUCAUAAAGAUGACUCCAAGCAUAGAACUUUUAUAUCCUUCCGUCGAUAGGAAACAAGUUCCCAACGUCGAUAUGUAUACAACAGAAUCACCGCGUUCUGCUCGUCUAUCCGAAGCUCUGGUAGAACCUUUUUCAGGGCAAAGUGCCAACUUGAACCAUCCUGAAGCUGUAAAGAAAUUCUCGUUUGGAAAACUGUUGAAACAACUAGGACCUGCCUUUUUGGUCAGCAUUGGGUAUUUAGACCCUGGAAACUGGGCUACUGAUAUAGAAGGGGGUUCACGCUUCGGUUAUGAGUUGUUGUGGGUUUUAGCACUAUCCAAUAUGAUGGGUGUACUAUUACAAACUCUCGCUUCACGGCUGGGAAUAGUCACUAAAAGACACUUGGCGGAAAUGUGUCGCUUAGAGUACCCAACGUGGUGUUGUCGUUUACUAUGGUUAUUUGCUGAGUUAGCCAUAGUCGCAACUGACUUGGCUGAAGUUAUCGGUACAGCUAUCGGCCUCAACUUGGUAUUCAGAAUACCUCUAUUAGUAGGCGUCUUGAUAACCAUGUUAGACACAUUCAUUCUUCUGAUUGUGCAAAGCUAUGGAAUGCGUCGUUUUGAAUAUCUUAUCUUUAUCUUUCUGGCCAUUAUUUCCUCAUGUUUUGUUCUCGAGCUUUUAUUUUCUAAACCUUCUGUCACAGGUAUAUUGAUGGGUUUCAUUCCAAGGCUUCGACAUGAUAGCAUCUAUAUCGCUAUUGGGAUGAUAGGAGCAACCGUGAUGCCUCAUAACCUCUUCUUACAUUCCAAACUGGUACAAGACCGAGUUGUAGAUAGACAUAUCGCUGUAUUGAGGAAUCAGUGUUUUUAUAAUCUCGUAGAUAGCGUGAUAGCAUUGAACGCAGCGUUAUUCAUCAACUGUUCCAUCUUAAUUGUUGCUGCGGCCAGUUUUUGGAGGCGAGGAAUCGACGUGACCACAUUACAAAAAGCCCAUGAGCUACUACACACCAUCGACUCCAAGUUGUGGGGAAUAGAAUUGGCUCCCCUUCUUUUUGGUAUAGCUUUGAUUGCUGCUGGUCAGUCUUCCACGUUAUGUGGAACUUUGGCAGGUCAGUUUGUGAUGGAAGGAUUCUUGGAUAUGCAUGUAUCGCCUUUGUUUCAAAGACUUUUAUCCAGAUCACUGGCAAUCAUUCCAUCUUGCGUCGUUAUUUUGUUAUUCGGAGAUGAAGGUUCCUACCAGCUGCUCAUCUUUUCACAAGUUGUUCUAUCUUUGCAAUUACCGUUUGCUAUUAUUCCCGUCAUACGAUUCACCGGUAGUGUAACCAAAAUGGGCAAAUUUGCGAAUUCAUUCUUGGUCAAUACAAUGGCAUGGUUGGCUGCCUGCCUGUGCAUUGGUCUCAACUCUUUGCUGGUAUUCGAUUCGUUGAUAGAUGGUAUUCACUCCUCCUGUUCACUGUGUAGAUUUUUUGAAAUCGCUGUGGGAGUCCCUCUCUACGUACUCCUUCAAGUUCUUUUACUAUGGUUGACGUUUCGAGAAGAAUCAUCCAUUCCCCAAGUUUCCUAUCAUCAAACUGUCAUUGAUGAUGAAAAUAACAAUGAACAAGAACUGUUGCAGUCCAGUUCACCAUCGAACCAUCAUGUGCAGUUGUAUGUUCCAUCAGAAGAAACAACUACUAGUAAGAAUGAAUUGGAAUAAACUCUCAUUCCGUUUCGCAAUCCAUUCUCAGUUGAUUCAAAGCAUCCUU